ACAUGAGGACAAUACAGACAUCAGGUUGGGAGUGUGUGUGACAGGACCAUUACUACCUGUGGAGUGUGGGGGUGGUUGGUAAGAUAUAACACUGAGCGUACCACUCAGUCAGCCUGACGUGACAUGUUGCCGCUGCUGCCACUACUGCUGGUCACGACUGGCUCCAUCUCCGUAGCUCAAGACGUUAAGGACGGCUACAAUAUUUAUAAAGACAUGCAGAGAGGAAAGGUGGAAGAGUUGGAGAGGCUGGUUAGUGAUGUUGACUUCCAGAUAGACCAUGCAGAACAUACCUGGCCAAGCGUUGGGGGAAAGUUUCAUAUGCUCAAUAGUGCCAAGAGGACCAUUAACCAAUUUAAGAAUCAAAUGCUCUCUAAAGAUAAUGAUGAUGGUGAAGACAUUGAGCAAGGCGAUGAAAGUGAAUCGGAUAUGUCUGAUGAAGUUUUAGAUGAAGAUGACGUCACAACUGGAAGAAUUCUUAUCCCGAGAACACAUGUGAUGUGGAAGGGGGAGGAUGCCAAGCUCAAGCGAGGGGCCAUAUUGUGGGGAUUGAGACUGGCUGCGUCACAAUCGGACAACAAUCGUCUCUUCAGGGACCUGAUCUUCCUGUCAAAGACAGGAAAAUAUAUGCCUUUGAGUUUUUAUAAAGGCAUUAAAGAAGAAUUGCUAGCCACUUCUAAAACAGUGUGUGAACAGCUUCACAGAGAUCAUCCUCAGUGCAACUGAGUUGUCUUUGAUGUAAAAAUCUGUCUGAUUAAAACGAAAUUCAAAAUAAGAUA